GCUGCCCUCCCCUAUUCUGCACUGGCUAGUUAAGAUUUUACAAACAUUGGCUCGCUCCAGCUUUUUUUUCCCCCCCAUAAACUGCCUAGCAACACAUUUUGCUUGUUUGCGUGAAGGAAGGCAUUUAAUGCUCUGCGGCGGCAGUGUUAUUUGAAACAGAAAAUAAACUGAGGUAGCUUGCUAGCGGCGCUAGGUUCCCGUCAUCAUGAUCGGACUCCCCAUCGGCUGCAUUGUCACUCUACUCUGGCUCACAGACCCUUCCCUGUGCAGCAAGGUUUCCCAAAGCCCUGCUCACCUGGCCCAACAGGUGGGAGAAUCCGCUCAGCUUCAGUGCUCACACAGAAUUGCGGGAUAUGAUCAACUUCUCUGGUACCUGCAGUCUGGAAAUGGAGUUUUCACGUUCCUUGGGUAUAUGAAUUUGAACUUUGGGUACCCAGAGGAUCAGUAUAAAGGAAAAUUUUCACUCCAAGGUCAGUUGGUCAGAGGCGGUGUUCAACAGUACCCCUCAUCCCUUCUCCAACGGUCCGGAGAGCCCGCUACUCUCCACUGCUCACACAACAUCUCCAGCUACAACAUGAUACUCUGGUACCGCCAGCCCAGGGGAGCUGGGGCUCUGGAGCUCCUCGGAUAUCUUCACCACGACAACAAGAACGUGGAGCCCCCGAUGGAGACAAGACUCAAACUCGAAGGAGAUGGAAAAAAGUCAGGAACCAUGACGAUCUCCAGCGUCACGUCAGCGGACGGCGAUGCGGUGUACUUCUGCGCAGCCAGUGAGACACAGCACCACAUCGUCCCUCUCGCCUCUACAAAAACCCUCUCGUGUUCAGAAAUCGACCAGCAGGAGUGCACGUAA